ACUGGUAUGGCAGUAUCAACAUAACCUAUCACUUAUGUCUCCAGUCAGCAUUAUUAGCCCAAUAUAAAUUUCUAUUGAAUUAUUAUUACUUCUUAAGUAUUAUAGCAAUCAUCCUAAAACUUUUGAUCUCAUCAAUUCGUUGAAAUGGGAGAGGAAAUAAAAAGGUUUUUGACCAGCCUGCUGCAUAAGGUGGAAGGUUUAUAUUGCAUUGCAAUCACUGAUAGAGAUGGGGUUCCAAUGAUCAAAGUGACAAGUGAUAAAAUGCCGGAAAUGGCUGUUCGUCCAUCUUUUCUGUCGACUUUUGCGAUGGCCACCGACCAGGGAAGCAAACUCGGUCUGGGUACCAACAAGUCGGUUAUCUGCAUGUACUCCACCUAUCAGGUUGUGCAACUGAACAACCUGCCGUUCAUCGUGAGCUUUGUGGCGAGCACAAAAUGCAACACUGGCCACAUUCUGGCCCUGGACAUUCCCCUCCAGGAGCUUCUCUACGAUCUACGAACUGUCAUCGAGCCAUGAAAUCACUCUGCUCUUUCUCAUCAUGUAUUAUUUAUGCUAGAAAUCAUAUUAAUUUAUACUCUUGGUCCUGGUUUCUAGAACACCGAUUGAAUUUAAUGGGCCAUUAAAUCUGUAUGUUUAAUUAAAUAAUGCAAUGAACCAUUAAAACUCAAGUUUAAUCAAAUCUAUGGUUCAUCAAAUUGUAAAAGUCUAAAGGAUCCAUUGAAUUUAAUGAGUGUAUUGGAACACAAUAUAAUAUAUCAACUACCCUUCUAUUUUAUCACAACACUACUUUCAACUCUUCAAGAGUUAUUUUCAAGUGUAAAUCUGAAAAUGGUUUACACUUGAAAAUGGCUCUUGAAGAGUUGAAAGUAGUCGUUACCUGAAAGGUUACUUGACAUAUUGUAUUAUGUUUGAAUAUCUCUUUUCUGUAUAGGGCUACUUGUAAUAUGAAUAUAAAGAAAAAUAAAAAUCUCAGUACCCUUUUAGAAAUAUUUUAUCACAACAUGUUUCGGACAUUAUGUAAAUAAUAUUUAUUUAUAUAGAAAUAUUUCAUCCCAACAUGUUUCGGACAUUUAUGUAAAUGAUAUUUAUUUAUAUAAAUGUCCGAAACAUGUUGUGAUAAAAUAUUUCUAAAAGGGUACUGAGAUUUUUAUUUUUCUUUAUAUUCAUAUGUUUGAAUACUUUCAGUAGCCCUAAAAAUGUGAUUAUUUAAUAAGUGUUCUAGUAACCGGGCCCUAGACUGCAUAAGAUAGUUUGAGACUGGAGCUUCCAUCUGACCAAUAAUGGGCGGCGUUGCCAGAUUGUAUGUAAUUAGGAAUUUCUCAUUCAAGCCCUUACGACUGAAUAUAUUCAAUAUGACAACACAAUCAAUGCCGCGUUGUCAUACCAAACCAAGAAACAAUUAAAAUAUUAAUACUGCGUUGAACAAAGAAACCAAACUCCAUUUCUUCCUCAUUUGUAUUGAAUAUCAUCAGUCACAUAUAACUUGAAAAUUUCGCAAUUUGAGACAAUCUGGCAACGCCGAUGUUUGCUGAGGUGGAAACUCAAGUCUCAGUGCCGGUUGUACAAAAGCUGGUUAAAUGUUAACCGUGAUUAAUUCCACGAGAACCAAUCACAGAAGCCGUCUUUUCAAAAACGCCUUCUCUGAUUGGUUCUGGUGGGAUUAAUCACGAUUAAAAUUUAAUCGGCUUUUGUGCAACCAGGCCUCAGCCUAUUUUAUUAAGAGAAUAAAUGAAGUAAAUACCCUAUGUCACGCAUGUGUGAGCGAUGUUAAAAUGAGUCCUGUAUAAACAAAAUGUAUUGUAUAUAUUUAUAUUUUUGUUGAUGGAUGUUGCAACUGAGAUUUUCAUUGAAGAUGUGUAACUGAUUUUAAAUAAACGUUUGAGUAUUUAUUA